CAGCUGAUUGAGCUGCAUCAAGGUCGUGUCAUUUUUUAUUUACAUACAAAUAAACCAAUUUUUGCAUCAUUGAAUAAUUAUUAUUAUUCGUCCGGUUAAAUAUACAUUAAGUGCUAUAAUACAGUGGUGGGUUGCACCAAAUUUGACAAUUUUCUAGUAGUGAUCUUCAUGGCUUUGAAACACGUAGUAAUAGGAGGCGGUACCGGAUUUAUUGGAAAACGUUUGGCUCAAACCCUGAGAGCAGAUGGAUACGAUGUGACCACCAUAUCACGAAUGCCAGCAGUGAAGCACAUGACUUGGCAUGAUCUGGAGAAAGAUGGUCUACCGACUGGAACAUCGGCUGUAGUCAAUCUAGCCGGCCAAAAUGUCCUCGACCCAACGCGUCGCUGGACUCCGGGCUUCAAGCAGAAUGUUUGGAACUCCAGGAUAAACACGACGGCUGCUUGCGCUAGAGCCAUCGAGAAGGCAACAAUUAAGCCCAAAGUUUUUGUAAGUAUUUGCGGAGUGAGCCACUAUCCAGCGGGUCCACAACCGAACACCGAAGAAUCGAAAACCGUUGAAUUCGAUUUCAUGUCCCGAUUGUGCGUAGAAUGGGAAAAAGCGGCCAAUCUGUCGGACAAUUCUAUUUGCCGCGUGGUAAAAAUACGUAGCGGUGUCGUGAUUGGGCGAGAAGGUGGCAUGAUUCAGUCAUUGAUCCUACCAUUCUGGUUCGGAAUGGGAGGCCCCAUUGGAGAUGGGAAGCACGAUUUGCCGUGGAUCCAUGUACAGGAUGUUUGCAACUUGAUUAAAUUUGCAAUAGAGAAGCCGGAGGUUAACGGAGUGUUAAAUGGGGUGGCGCCAGAAUUAAUCACGAAUCGAGACUUCACUAAGGCAUUUGCUUCUGCAUUGGUUCGCCCCGCCAUACUCCCUCUACCGGAAUUUGUGCUUAAUCUCAUUUUCGAUAAGGAACGAGCCGUUCUAUUGACCAAUGGUGCCAAGGUCAAUCCAAAGCGCACACAGCAAUUCGGCUAUAGUUACCAGUUCCCCGACAUACGAUCUGCUUGUAAAGAUGUGGCCAGGCUGUUUCCCUAGAGUGUAUAGUCUUUAAUAGCUUCGCACUCACUCACUUACGUUUUCAUAACAGUUCACUCAUAUACUAUGACAAUGCGUUCACAAUUCACAAGGCUAAAAUAGAUAUUACCGACUACAA